GCCCUUUCUCUCUCUAAACCCUUAGUCUCUUAGUCUUCUCUUUCAUUCUUCCUCAGUUUAUUUCUCUCUCUCUUCUGCAUAUGCUCCCAGACGCCACUGCUUACACUAUUAUCGCCGGUAGCCUCAAAUUCUGAUAUACGGCGACGGUAACCAGGAAUAUGGCGGAUGUAGAUCUUCCGAGUAGGUUAUUUGCCGAUUGCGAAGAGCCUGCUGGAGAUCGUGUGAACCAGUACUUCAAGCUCCACACCAUUAAGACAGUACUCAAAGCUUUACAACCGGAAGAACUCGAUUUAAUUCGACCGUGUUUUGGGAAGUUGCUUGAUGUGUAUUCGAAGCCCGUAUUUUCUGGAAAAUUGGCUCAUUUUCUCCUUACUCGCCAGCUUAAUGUGGUCAAGCGCCAUGAAAUUUGGGUCGUGUUCGCCGGAAAACCGUUUCGGUUUUCCCUUAGAGAGUUUGGCCUCGUCACUGGGCUUAACUGUAACCCUAUCCCUCCUAUUGACCGGUCUCUAACUAAGUGUCCUCCAGGGGUGAUUCCUUAUUGGUUUACUCUUUUUGGCGGCGAAGAAAACUUCACUGGCGAGAUGUUGUUAGCGAAGUUGCGGCGGCCAAAGGCUCUGACAAGCGAAUUGAGGGUUAAAUAUGCUUGCCUGUUUCUGGUAGAUGGCUUAUUGGGUCGGCGCUCAUACCACAUGAAGAUCCCUAGGUCCCAUGCCGAGUUGAUACGCGACUUGGAUACUUUUUUGGCUUAUCCAUGGGGGCGAUACAGUUUCGAUAUGACUAUGCGGUGCAUAAAGUCCCGAUCUUUAAGUCAGCUUGCGCAAUCGACUGUUGCAGUUCAAGGGUUUAUCCAUGCUUUGGUUCUUACAUUUGUUGAAGCUGUCCCUGCCGUGGUGUCAGCAGUCGGUGAUUGCACCGAUCCAGAAUCCGGUGAUGAGGAUGUUUUCCCUGUCAUUUCUUUGAAUUUGGAUACUGUCUGGCUUUUGGAUGGUAAAGGCAAGGUUGAAGUCCUCUCUAUCAUUCCUUCAGACGACGCUGUCGCUGGCCUGGAAGAUUGCAGCUGGUCUGAUGAGGUUUCUGAUCCUGCUGUAGAUUUGAUGUUACGACAAAUUGCUGAUGGAGUCCAGUUCCGGAGAGAUAUGUUUCAAGGGGGAGUUAGGGGUUCUGAUGUCCAAGUGGAUCCGCCGCCUCGCGUGACUACUAAUGGUAAAAGAAAAACCCGUUCCAAAACGUCUCAGUGUACUGCAUCUAAAGCGGAGUCCUCGCGAGCCAAGAAAUCCAAGGCCCGUAGUGGCGGGCGCACUAGAUGCCCUCCGCCUGAACCUACUACCAGUAUUCUGGAAUCUGUGUCAGCACUAAUUAGAGAUGGUCUGCGGGAAGGUCAGAGUGAUGUAUAUGCUACUGUCUGUGUUGAAAUGAAAGCUAUGGAAUUAAGGUUGGAGCGUUGUUUGAAAGAGAAUGUUUGUGCUGCUGUAUCUGCGGCGCUUAGUGCGCGCGUGGUUGAUAAUGUUUUGGGAGACCUUGCAUAUGGGUAUGAACAACAUCGUUCCCAGCCCUCACCCAGUCUACACCCUACCCAUAACCAUCCUAAUGCUAACAAGACAGCGGUUCAUGCUCAGCCGUUAGUAGAUGGUACCUCCAAUGGAGACGGCAUGGGUGAAGAACUUACUGUCCCUCCUGCUAACGUGUCUCGUCCUGAGGGUGAUUCAUCAGUUGGUACUACUGAAGCUAGCAGCAGGACUCGUGUUUCUGAUGAAGAUACGGGUUGUCAGGUGGAUACUGCUGGAGAUGUUGCAUCUCCUGUGCAGGGUGGCGCUGAGCAUGGGAUUGCACCCAUGUCUGAGAAGUUCCAGAAGCUUAUGGUCACUCUUACCCCGACAAUGAAAUUUUCUUUUGGUGAAGGAUUGGUCCUCAAGGACAGCCAGCUCUUAUCAAUCCCCACUGUCAUUCCUCCUGAUACCCCGCAGGUGAUGGACGCAUGUGUUAGUGUGUUACGUGACUCUCUUUUUCAAAACACCGAUCCUGACACUGAUCCUAGAGCUGACCUGCUGCCUUGCAAGUUUUACGGGACCCUUGCUUCGGUCCAUGGAAAAUUUAAGAAGUGCAAGUGCAAAUCCAGUUUUGAGUUUGAAGAAAGUUUUUUAGCUGACGUUUCUUCUAGGUUCAAACUCACAGGCAGGUCGUGGCUGUCACAUGUUGACUCGCUUCUUGCUCCAUUCAACAUUGACAAGAACCGCUGGGUUGGAGUUCUUGUUCACUUGCCCUCCCACACUCUUACAGUUUUUGAUCCAACCGCUGCGGUUCGCAGAGGAACUCGUCUCAAGCCGGAGCUUGACUUUAUCUGUCAAAUGUUUCCCUAUCUCGUGCGCAAGGUUGGUGACAAUGAGCUCACCAAAAACUUUCCUCUCCACCCGCUUACCUUUGAUAGGAACACGCAUGUUGCCCAGGCUUCUGAUGUAGCCAAUAGCGGUAUGUUGUCGCUUCUUUUCCUCGAAGCACAUGCAACUGGAGGGCUUGACAAGGUUUAUCUUGUAACUGAGCGUGAUAUGCGUCAGCGUGCUGAGCAGCUUGUUGUUGAGAUGUACGAACAUUGUUUCGGAGACCUUGGUGCGGCUUGAGUGCCAUAUGUUGGUUUAUGUACCCUCUUUUGAACUUAUAAUAUUUCGAACUUUGCCUACCCCGUUAUCUAUUAGGCC